ACAUUUGCGGCGAUGGUGGGACUAUUUGUGAGGACGAGAGUCCUGACUGUCUUAAAGCCAAGGUUGCUAACCGUCUGGACUGUGGAUCUUCUACAACGAAACGAUUCUGCAAGAAGACAUGCAACAUUUGCGGCGAUGGCGGGACUGUUUGUAAGGACGAGAGUCCUGCCUGUCUUAGAGCCAAGAACGAGAACCGUCUGGACUGCAGAUCUUCCAAGGCAAAAUUACUUUGCAAGAAAACCUGCAAUAUUUGCAAAGGCAAUGAGGGGACUGUUUGUAAGGACGAGAGUCCUGACUGUCUUAGAGCCAAGAACGAGAACAGUCUGGACUGCAGAUCUUACAAGGCGAGAUUUUGCAAGAACUCAUGCAACAUUUGCGUCAAUGGGGGGACUGGAUAAGUGUAGACGCGAUGACUAGUGUUUUUCCGACCUGGACAUAACAAAAUGGUGCUUCGAAACGAAUCCUGAUAUUCAAUGACAACCCAAGCCUUCAACUGAUUGCCUU